AUGGUGAACAAUCACUUUGAUCAAAACUUCAUUAUUACACAUUUAAUCAAUGUAGGAUACAGUCCUAAAAAAUAUUCCCCGGAAGGACGUGAUUAUAUCAUUGUUGCUGUUGUUCCUACUACUACUACUACUACUACUACUACUACUACUACUACUACUACUACUACUACUACUACUACUACUACUACUACUACUACUACUACUACUACUACUACUACUACUACUACUACUACUACUACUCACACUACUCACAUUACUACUGAUACUGAUGCUCACACUACUACCACUGCUACUAGUAGAAUACCACAUUUCAACAUCGACUGGCAAAAGUUCCGGAAUAAAUUAUCUUCAGAGAUAUCUAUUGAGUUGUCUUCAACAUUUCUUUAA